AAGAGGUGAAAAUGUAAACCCGAAUAGGCUGUAUUAUCGUACGUCGAAGAUUCAAGACUCGGGGUCACCAGGCUUCUCUCUGAAGGAAUCCGUCACUUCGAGUUCGCCGUGACAUUUGCGCGACGGGAUCGGCUUUGGUCAUUUUCCGCCUGUUUGCUGCUCACUCGCCCGCUGCGAAGCUUGGCCCUUCUCUUGACCCCCGGUGUUCGAUCGCAGUGUUGUUUUCCUUUGAACGAGGAGCAUAAGGGAGAAAAUUUGCGCUCUGUGAGAAGAAGGGACCGGGACCGUUAGCAAACAUGUCGAGGCGAUAUGAUAGUAGAACAACGAUUUUUUCUCCAGAGGGGAGAUUGUAUCAAGUGGAGUAUGCGAUGGAGGCCAUUAGUAACGCCGGCGCGGCGAUCGGAGUACUGGCGAAGGAUGGAGUGGUCUUGGCAGCUGAGAAGCGAGUGAUUUCUAAGCUGUUGGCCACCUCUAAGUCGACCGAGAAGAUGUAUAAGAUCGACGAUCAUGUCGCUUGUGCUGUCGCUGGUAUAAUGGCUGAUGCUAACAUCCUUAUCAACACAGCGAGACUACAAGCUCAAAGGUAUACCUUGUCAUAUCAAGAGCCGAUGCCAGUGGAACAGUUGGUGCAAUCACUUUGUGAUACCAAGCAAGGAUACACACAGUUUGGUGGGCUUCGUCCUUUUGGAGUUUCUUUCUUGUUCGCAGGUUAUGAUAAGAAGUUUGGGUUUCAACUUUACAUGAGCGAUCCGAGUGGAAACUACGGAGGCCGGAAAGCAGGAGCUAUCGGAGCUAACAACCAAGCAGCACAGUCUAUGCUGAAGCAGGACUACAAGGAUGAUAUUACUAGAGAGGAAGCUGUGCAGCUGGCCUUGAAGGUUCUAAGUAAGACCAUGGACAGCACCAGUUUGUCUGCAGAGAAGCUGGAGCUAGCCGAAGUUAGUCUUACACCAGAAGGGGAGGUCAAGUAUCGGGUUUGCACACCUGAAAAUUUAAAUAAGUUGCUAGUGAAAUUGGGCAUCACGCAGGUGGUUGUAGAAGAGCAAUGAUAAGCACACUAUGGAUGAACUCCUUGCCUUGUCUACUGUUCUGACUUUUUUAAGUACUGCACUUGGGCGACGGAUUAUGCUCGACAGUUCUGAACUUUCACGAGGACAUGAUGGUGUAUGACCGUGCGAUUCUAUCAGGGUCUACGAGAGUUUGGAGAAUGUGAACUCUGCGGGGCCUUUUAACUCCUUGCCAAUAACAUCUCCGUUUGUGAAUAUUCUACGUUGGUUUCUUCAUUAAUUUUGUGUCCUUUGUAAUAUACGAUGGACGUUCCUGAGGAG